AUGGCAAAACCCAACUUCUCUCCUCUUCUCUCUCAACUUUUAGCCAUAGUUGUUACCACUCUGUAUCUGUGCCUUCAGGGGAAUACUGGGUUUGCUUUAUCUUCUUCCUCAGACCCGUUUGUCCAGCAAGAAGAAGACCGGGUCGAGUGGCUUCCGGGUCAAGAGUUUAACGUCAAUUUUGCACAUUACGCUGGGUAUGUCAAAGUGAACCAGGAAGCUGGGAGGGCACUGUUUUACUGGUUCUUUGAAGCUGCCUCAGAACCUGAAACUAAGCCCCUCCUUCUAUGGCUCAAUGGAGGACCUGGAUGUUCAUCCAUUGGAUUGGGGGCAGCAAAUGAAAUUGGUCCCUUUCGCAUUAAGCCGGGUGGCAAGACACUUUAUCUAAAUCCUUACUCUUGGAAUCGAGUUGCCAACCUUCUUUUUGUUGAUUCUCCUGUUGGAGUUGGAUUUUCAUAUUCAAAGACUCUGUCGGACAUAAAGAACAAUGGCGAUAGUAGGACUGCUAUGGAUUCUUUGGAAUUCCUAUUGAAGUGGUUGGAGCGAUUUCCUCAGUAUAAAGGAAGAGAUUUCUUUAUAUCUGGUGAGAGUUAUGCAGGGCAUUAUGUCCCUCAACUUAGCCAACUUAUUCUGAAGCACAACAAGAGAGCCAAAGAUAAAUGCAUCAAUCUGAAAGGCUACUUGGUAGGAAAUCCUCUAACUGAUGAUUACAAUGAUCAUAAGGGAGUUGCCCAGUUUUUAUGGACCUCUGGUUUGAUUUCAGAUCAAACACACGAGAUAUUGAACAUUAAAUGCAAUCUUGAGCCUUUCGUGCAUCCUUCAGAUUCAUGUCAGAAAGUUUUAGACAUUGUUGAUAAAGAAAUUGGCAACCUUGAUCAGUACAGUAUUUUUACUCCUCCAUGCCCUUCUAAUGUAAGCCAAACAAACCUGCUGGCAAAAAGAACUCAUAGAAUUGGCAGGCUCAGAGCGCCAUUCGAUCCUUGCGCAUCGAAGCACACCACUGUGUACUUUAAUUUACCUGAGGUUCAAAAGGCUCUUCAUCUUGAUCCAGCUCAUAAACCUCACAAAUGGAAAACCUGCAGUGACGUAGUAAGUAAAACCUGGAAAGAUUCUCCAGUGACAGUGCUUGAUAUUUAUCAAGAACUUGUUCAGGCAGGACUGAGGAUUUGGGUUUUCAGUGGUGAUACAGAUUCUGUGCUUCCAGUGACAUCCACUCGCUACAGUCUAAAUGCUCUGAAGCUUCCAAGUGUAAGCCCUUGGCGUCCUUGGUAUGACAAUGGGCAGGUGGGAGGAUGGACAGAGGAAUAUGAAGGGGUGACUUUUGUGGUAGUAAGAGGGGCAGGGCAUGAGAUUGCCAAGCACAAACCAAAAUAUGCUUUCACUCUCAUCAGAGCCUUCAUUUCUGGAACUUCCAUGCCUUCUUCUCAUGACUUUGAGCUUCUCAGUGCCUCUUGA